UCCAGAGCUGGAAUCAAACCUUCAACCACUUGAAGAUGAAGCCCUUCAGUGUAGCAGUUGUGGUGGCCGUGAUGGUGGUUGUUGUGUGUGUUCACCAGAGCUCUGCUCUUCCAUCCAGUGAGGUGGAAGAAGAACAGGAGAUGAUGGUGGAGAGUCCUGCAGAAGAACAUGAGCAAAUGUCCCUGAACCCCUGGGAGAUGCCGCACAGCAGGCAGAAACGCCGCAUCAAGUGCCGCUUCUGCUGCGGCUGCUGUGGUGAUCCUGGUGUGUGUGGAACCUGUUGCAAAAAACGCUUUUGAAGACAACGUGCUUUUAUUUCCCAUCCUGCUCCAGCAUAUCCAUU